AUGACAAGAUCGCUUCAGAUUUUGACCUGUGCUGUCGGGUUUGCGAGCGUUCUUUCGUUUCCUGUCACUUCCAUAACAUCAACGCUUAAGAUUACAUUAACAGAGGAGGCAUCCUUGCCUUUUCCUCGCACUGUUCUUUUCUCAGCUCACAAGUCUCGGAGCAGAUCAGCGUAUUCAGGUACCAAGGUUGGGGAUAAUGGGCCUCCUGAAAAAUAUCAACAGUAUCAACAAGCACAGUAUGAGCAGCAGCAGCAGCAGUUUCAGCAGUUUCAACAACAGCAGUUUCAGCAAUUGCCGCAACCACAACCACAACCACAGUAUCAGCAACAGUCACAGUCACAGUACCACCCGGUUGGUUUCAGUAACCAUCAGAGUACUACGUCGUCCAUGCCUGACCAACUACUUCCAGUUGCACCGGAUGGAUCCGAGUUGCCUGAAAAGGUUGGUAGCGUCAGCUACAGCGAAAACUCUCAGCCAUGGUUUGAAGAUCCUCGCGGAGGAAUCAAGCAAGUGUCCUACGCAGCUCCUGUUAAUCUACAACCUGUUAAUUUGACGCCACCCAACAAUCAAGUCAAUCAAGGGUACAGUCCUUAUGUUCCAGCAGGCUAUGCUCCACCAACCAACACCAACACUGUUGAAACUGGUACUCGUACCACCACUAACAACCCCCAGACAGUCCCUCUUCCCACGCAAGACUUCCCACGCCCGGUAGACAUGGCUCCUCCUCUUGCAGUCAUCCCCCCACCCUUUCCAGCGUUCUUCCCAGAACCACCACCACCCAUGGAAGAACCCUUCACUCAAGUUGCCAGGGCCAAUGGUCUAUUGACCGAACAACCCACCAAGGCAGUCAUUCACGGCGGUUCUCGUCGGACUUGGCGAUCAGAUGAUCCUACUGCCCAAACCUCGGCAGUGUGGGUCCAAGCCGAGCGCCCCGGUGGCCCACUCUAUGCGAAUGUCCACUUUCGCAAUGGUCCCAGCAGUACACCCCAAUCCAUGAAGGUCUACAGUGAAGAUGGGUACUUGCGACCACUCCAAGCCUACUUUGGUCGGCCGCGUGGCGUCAAUCGGGCCAUUUCUCAAACCAUUGAUGUCAUUAAUACGGCCGACAUGUCCUUUCCCAUUUCGGCCACCAUUUCGCAGUCCAGCGACUUUGGCACCUAUGGCAACUCCUUUCAGGGAGAGAUGUCAUGGAAGAACAUUCAGGGAAACAAUGCCAUUCGAACCUACGCUCAAGACCCCAAUACCGAAUUCGUUCGUGUCAAUCUUGAAACCGAUGGCUUGCCCAUGGAAUGUAACAUUGAAGUCUUGCAAGGACCUGGCGAUGUUCGUCAAGUCAUCGAAUUGCGAUCUGACGAUGGGAGUCCAUGGGAAGGUAUUGUUGCCGUUCCAGGAAACGGAGCAUCAGUCAUUGUUAGAAACGUUGGUCCAUUGGAAUUUCCCAUUCGGGCUAGUGUGGAAAACCAUGGAUUCGACUGA